AUGGGUGCUUGCUGCUCUUCUAAAAAACGAAAGAACCAGGUAGGUCUUUUUUUUUUGGGCAAAGGAAGGGAAAUAGAAUUUUAUUUCGAAAAAUUGUACACUUGUUAAAUCGUUGCGCAAAUAUGUACUCGUUCGAUUCAAAUACACAUCAAAAUGUGUUUUUUUUUUGAAAAAUUUAGGAGAAUCAAAAAAAGAAACAGUUUGCAGUGCAAAGUGAAAAAAAAUGAAUUUUUCAAAUUUUUUGUUCGCUUUUUUUGGUGAUAAGAACUUUGAAUUUAUGUUUUAUAUCAUAUUCGAAGGGCAAAAAUCAGAUCAUUGUUGGAAAACAAAAUAAAAACGAACGAAAUUGGAGAUGAGAUUAUUCAGAACCUGUUUUUCUCGUUGUUGUUGUUUUUGUUUUGGAUAUGAUUGAUUCCAGUACCACAAUUUUGUACAAUAUUUUGUAGAACAAUAGACUAUAGUCUAGUUCUGUUUCACACAAAUAUUGAAUAGAACAACAAUUUCAAAGUUGAGAAUUGCAAAAAUAAUUGGUUGCAUAGGUUCGAUGAUCAUUAGAACAAUAAAUGUUCGGUCGAAAAACAUGAGAAUUGUAAUAUACUGCAAAAAUGUCUCAUAGAGAAUUAUUUUCAAAUUUGCUUUUUAGAAUAUAAUAUUCUUCAAAAACCUUCAUUUCCAAUUCAUAGAAAAUGCAAAACAAAACAAUUGUGAAAAAAAUUGAAUCAAUUUUUCUUGUAGAAAAAUGAACAACAUUAAUGGUAAACAAGAAACUCAGCUUCAUCCGACAUUUUUAAAAGUGUUGUAAUUUUUGUAGUUUAGUUUGGCAAAACUUUUUCUUUUCAAAAUCAAAUAUUUUAUGUUUAUUUCUUUGAAAGUCUUCUAAGUUUUGAAAUUUCAGUCUUUCUUCAAUUACAAACAAAAUUCAAAUUAAUCAUAGAUUCAUAAAUCAAACAUUUUGCAAAAUUUUUUAUGACUCAUAAUAAACUUCUAAAAAAUUCCAAUAUUUUCAAGUGUUUAUUUUCAGCCGUUGUCACAACAAAAAUAUAAGAAGAAGAAUAACUUUAUCGAUGUUUGUUUAGUGUCGAUUUCGCCCCAAUAUAUAUUUUUUAACAUUUUUCUUACAAAAAUCGAAAGUUUUCAACCGCAAAAUCUCUUCUUUGUCUCUCUAUAUUUCUGCCUGUUUGUUUUUAUUUACCGGUUCUACCUUUGGCCAAUUAUAAAAAAUCUAUAAAAAACCAACAACGGCGACAUUUUGCCAUUAUUUUUUUUCAUUUUUACAAAUAUGAACUUUUUUCGUAAAGUUUUUAACAUCAAAAAUAAGAAUAAGGUGAGUAGAAACUGGAACAAAUUUUCAAUUUUUAUUUUUGAACUAAAAUAGAUUUACAAAAUCUUGAUUUUCCAGGGAGAUGUCGGAGAGAUCGGAGAAGACGAUUUGAAAGGCAUCUUCAGAGAAUUCGAUCUUAAUGGUGAUGGAUUCAUCCAAAGGGUUAGUUCUAAAUUUUUCAUCUUCAGUUUUUCUAUCAAUUUUCUCUCGUUUCAUUUUUCCAGGAAGAAUUGAGAGCAGUGAUGCAAAAAAUGAACCAAAGUCCAACUGAAGAAGAAUUGGAUGCAAUGUUCCGCUCAGCUGAUAAGGAUAAUGAUGGAAAUAUUGAUUUCACCGGUCAGUUUUUUGGGACGUACUUAUUUAGAAACCAGUUUGGAAACAAAAAAUUUCUCUAAUUGGCUAGAAUUUUUGUUUGUUUUUUUCUCAAUCAGGAACUAUAUAUUUACAAGACAACAAUUUUGGUUUGAAAUAGAAAUUGACAAAACAUUUUUCUUUCAUUAAAAAUCUAUAGAUCCACUAAAAACUUUGAUAUUUUGUAGAAUUCCUAGUGAUUGCGCGUGCUAAUCCAAUUUCACUAACACUUCGCGCCGUCUUUGACGAACUUGAUGUUGACGGAGAUGGUUAUAUUACACGAUCUGAACUUCGAACCGCUUUUCAAAGAAUGGGACAUUCUUUGAGUGAUCAAGACAUCAAAGCUAUUUAUAAACAUGUUGACCAAAAUAAUGAUGGACGAAUCAAUUUUGAUGGUUGGUUUAGUUUUUUUUUUGAAAUAUUUUUUUCAGUUUUUUUUUGAUUCACAUAGAUCUUGUCAACUUUUUCUUUAAAAUCUUCAUCUUAAACAAUAACCUUAUUUAUUACAGAGUUCUGUGAGAUGAUCAAUCGUAAGAAAAACUGA